CGCCGCGAGGCGAUUGGCCGAGCGCGCUGCGGAUUUACACGCCGAUUGGUCGACAGUCUACGUCAGCACCAGUGGUUCUCACAAUCAUGUUUUUUUGUCAGCGUGAUGAGAGCGCCGCAGCAUGCUGCUGUGUGUGUCCAGGAUGAGGCGUGCAGGAGAGAGGAUGGAUCCGCGAUGGGGUGAGGUAUAAAUGGGAACACUGCAGAUAAAUUGGACAUCCAUGAAUUUUUCAGCGGCUUUGCAUUGAAAUGCAAACAGCCUCACGCCUUUGUAAAGUAAUCUAUGAAUGACAAUUAAUGUCAAACUGCACACCUGAGCAGCUCAAUGCUGCUUCCCGGGUGAAAUACUGUACACGGACAGAUGGCCUUAUAAAAUCCAGCUCACCACAAUACACUUAAAUGCAGCAUAAUGCCUUCAAAAGUGUCCUGUCUAUACCUCCUGACAGUAGUGUGCUGGGCAAGCGCUCUGUGGUACUUGAGUUUAUCUCGGCCGACGUCCACUUAUGUCGGCCAUAUGUCUAUGCCUAUACGCAAGACUGCGAAACCUGCCAAAAACAUGACAUUUACCAACAUCCGAACACGCCCGCUUAAUGCACACACCUACAAGUUUAUCAUCAAUGAGCCCAAGAAGUGCGAAGACAGCACUCCCUUCCUGGUCAUCCUAAUCAGCACCACGCACAAGGAGUUCGAUGCCCGCCAGGCCAUCCGCGAGACCUGGGGCGACGAGAGCACCUUCAGCGACCUCCGCAUCCUCACCAUCUUCCUCCUGGGCAGGAACACGGAUGCUGUCCUCAACCAGAUGGUGGAGCAGGAGAGUCAGAUCUUCCACGACAUCGUGGUGGAGGACUUCAUCGACUCCUACCACAACCUCACCCUCAAGACUAUGAUGGGAAUGCGCUGGGUGGCGACCUUCUGCCCCAAAGCGCAGUACGUCAUGAAAACCGACAGUGAUGUCUUUGUCAACAUGGACAACCUGCUUUACAAGCUCCUCAAACCCACCACCAAGCCGAGAAAGAGAUACUUCACUGGCUACGUGAUCCACGGGGGUCCUAUAAGGGACAUGCGUAGUAAGUGGUACAUGUCCACAGACUUGUAUCCCGAGAGCAAAUACCCACCGUUCUGCUCGGGCACCGGCUACGUGUUCUCGUCAGAUGUCGCCGAGCUCAUCUUCAAGACUUCGCUGCACACCAGACUGUUGCACCUGGAGGAUGUGUAUGUGGGUUUGUGUUUGCGUAAGCUGGGCAUACACCCUUAUCAGAACACUGGCUUUAACCACUGGAAGAUGGCCUACAGCCUGUGCAGAUACAGGCGGGUCAUCACUGUCCACCAGAUCUCCCCUGAGGAGAUGCACCGUGUUUGGAAUGACAUGUCCAGCAAGAAGCACCUGAGAUGUUGAUGGGCAAUGUCGAUCCUCACGCUUGUUUGCCUUUUGCUCCUUUUCGAAGAUCAUCGGUCACCGACUGAAUGAUGGAAUGACUAAAAACACUGAGGGCUGCUGCAAUCAGAUAAGAUAUGGUGAACAUCCAUCCACGUGUUUAUAGCCACCAGGGAUGGACAUUUGACUUUAUUUCCUCAAGUGACUAUGGGGAAAAUGAAUUACAAUGUUUCUCCGCUGUUCAUGGGGUACUACUAAGUAAUUGACGUCCUCCUAAAACAGUUGAUAAUUCCGGUUCAAGAUGAGGGCAAAGCACUACACGGACCUCCUCAACUCACUUAACAUCAACAUAGUUCCUUGGCGCUAAGAUGCCACAAUGUGAAGUCAGAAUAUGUGAAUCACGAAUAAGCGGGGAACACUGUAACCGAUUAAUUCACCUAAAAUCCUCUCUCAAAUAAUAGAUUUAUCAGUCAUGCCUAUUCCUAAUAGCCACACUUCCACCAAUAGGCACAGUUCAGUUUGCCAUGGGUCACAUCGAUAAACCCUGCACUGUGCCCUUUCAACGUUUAACAGCUAGCCUCGAUAUGUUUAGUAAGUCAGUUUUGCAUGGUGAAAAAGCACAUUUCAGAUAUCCGUAACUACAUUCUUCCUAACUUCCACACACAUCACGUCAGAUCUCUGCAAUGUAAUUUCAUCUAGGGCAAACGUCAUCACUUUUGCUUUUUGAAACUUCAGCUAUUUAGCCAAUUCAAGAAAACAAAACACAACAUAAGCAGUUUGCAAGAGACCUGUAAACGAGAAACGGCUUGUUUAAGGAAUGAAAAGUAAAGCGGGGUACACACAUGACAAGAAGAAAAUAGGCAGGUGUUUUGACUGUUUUUAGUGUGUUGUGUACUCAAGAUGACUAACACCGUACACCGCACACCGACCACAUCGCCACCAACAGUCUCCUAGUUGAAGCCAAACAAAAUAUGAAGAAGGAAAAGCAGUAAGGAAAGAAGAUAGGAUAACUGUUAGCUUAUCUAGUGACUACACUACGGUUGCAAAGUCUUUUCAUCAUUUAUAUUGUGGCAUUUGUCGCUUCCCAAUUGGUUAUAUUAUUCCGCUUUACGUCACCAUCAUGAAGUCCGUGGCCGUGUUGACCACACACAAGGAUUUGUCAUCUUGAAUAUUAAACAGGUUUACCAUUUACUGUUUUCGGAGCAGGUAUAGGAGGUAAAAGCACUCUUAACACACCACAUGAUAAUCAGUCAGGAUAAUCUUUUAGAGACAUCUGACAAUCAAGUCUUUGCCAAUUUGGAUCAGCAGGGAAGAAAAAUGCUCAAAUUAGGCCCGACUGUCAGUAUGUGUGUGCUAACCGAACCGAACUGUGCCGCUUAGUGGAAAAGGUGCUUCGCUAAUUCCACCUCUGGCUGUCAGUCAAUGCAUGAGAUGAUUCAUAGUGUUGGUAUUUGCAGUCAAUGUUUUCACAAGGUCAAGGUCCAGCAAAACAUUCCUCACAUGCAACUAGUCAAUAAGUGCUUGGUAUUAACAUGUAGGGUCACCAUUUUUCAAGCGUUUGCCCUUUCGAACAUUGAUAGAACUUCUGGUCUCUGUCGAUCUUCACCUUGCCCAAUCAGGCUGUUGAGACUCAAAAGGGGAUUCUGAGGUUGGCGUAUCGGAGAUUCAAUCUGUUGUCUUUAACAUUAGAUGCAGAAAGUACACUGAGGCUCGAUUUACAUGGCAGGUCAGUGCCCAAUUCCGAUUUUUUUGACUGUCUAUUUCCAUGUGCAUUACGAGUGACACAUAUCCGAUAUGACUGUUUCGACGACGGAACCGCAUGCUGACGUCAAGCUUGCAUUGACGGCGUUUAUCUGAUCUUUGCGUUUACGCUACACUCGCAUUGGCAAAUAUCUGAUGUGCAUCUCAUGUUUUCCCCAUUUCGAUGAGGCCUGAUUCGGAUCUGAAAAUCUAAAUUGUCUCACUGGAACCGCGCCAUUUAAAUCCUAGGUGUCAAUCUAGCUGUUAAUAAACCGUGUUAAUUAAUAAACAUAUCCAUGUCUGUUGAAUCAAAGGCAACUUGCCUUCUCUUCGUGGUGAAAGACAUUUGACCUUUUCAGCAAAACACUGCUUCCGUUUUGUUUGGUUACCAAAUCAAUGGCAGAAUCCAAACAAAUUUUGACAACCAAAAACUCCCAUCUGACCACCCUCUCGGUUGACUUUCAAGUGUAAAUCUUUUGGGGUAAAAGGUUCACCACGAUGAUGACGUCCAGUUGCAUUCGGUUCCGCCAUCAUUAGACUACAAAAAAGUGGAUUAGAUUCCUAACCCUCUGUGUGACUCGCCCUUUGAUGUGGUUCAGCAAUGACAUCCUGGGUUGGAUUCAAAAAGGGAAAUUGAGGAUUUUAGAUGAGCGUGUUGGCAAAGUUACCGUGAGCAUUCAAAAUGGAUCCAACUACCUACAAUGUACCAACUUUUGCCAUAGCGAAUAGCUCUAGCCAUCUCGUUAGGUGAUAGAAUGCUGUCAAACUGCAGAACAGCAUGCUAAUUAGCAUUUUAGCAACCAAAACACUUGGCUCGGUGUCUCUUUGGGCUGGUAUUACAAAACAUACCAAACAAACACAUGCAAGUAGACAUAAGGAAUUAGAUUUGAAAAAUAAAAUAAAAAACAAAAACAGUUCAGAUUUCAAGAGUCACCUGUAAUGGAAAGUAUUGUUGAGUUUAAGUCAGUAAGUGUAAGCUGACUUAAACUGUCACAAUCUGAUCAACAGUAAGUCAGCAUCUGAAUGUGCCCCCGAAUAUAAAACUGAUGUUUUAUUCAUUUUUAAAAGUUAAGGAUAAAUACACAAUCUAUUUAUACAUUAUAUACAUUAUACAUACAUACAGUUUAUGUGAUGAGCCUCCAAUUGGCUGACAACCAGUAUUUUUACACUUAAGACAGUUGAGAAUGUUAAAAUGUUACUUGAAAGAUGUUUUAUGAUGAUGACUAUUUCCAUUAUUUCUUAUGACAAAUAUGAAUUCUAAAUUAGAGGUUCAGCAAGGGAUUGUGUUCAGACAGUGUACCUGCCCAGCAGCGUGCUCUCAAAUUUCCUUCAAAACCUUUCGAGUUCACAAUUGCCCUUACCUCCCACACCAAUUCUCCAUUUUGAAUGCUCCUUACCAUCUGCAGUAGCACAUAGGUGAAGCUUUUGAAACAUUUUGGAAAAAUAGCCACUUUGUAACCAAGGUUGCGGAUGAUUCAUAUUUCCAUUUGCCCCGGUCAGCAUGGACAGAAAUAAGAGUGUCCACUUUCGACGUCCAUAUCCAGUACAUCAUUGCCGCGCGGUGAUGCUGUUUCAGGAAGCCGCUGACCUUGCCUCCAUCCCCCACAUUGACAACCUUCUGCCCCUGCUUAAGUGUCCUUGAGUGAGACACUGAAGCUCCACUACCGCUGACCUUUCUGUCGCGGAAAACCCUGCGGUCCUUGGAAUGAUUAAAGUGUCACAUUGAUUUGGUCAAUCUUGAACAUUGACCAGUACAAAAUGAUCAUUUACAAAUCAAUACAGAACACAUUCAGUUAUGGCAAAUUAAGACUUGCCUCUGAAUCUUAUUUGCUCCCUUUACCCAAUUGUAUUCUUCCAACUUUUAAAACCCUUUUGGAAUGAACUAGAACAGAAAUGGUGAGACAGGCCCUCACUUAAUAUUCUGACAGACUCCACAAUCUUGGAGAAAGUCUUCCCAGAAGAGUGGAAGCUGUUUUAGCUGCAAGGCAGAGAGUGGCAGGACCAAUCCAUAUUUUAUUUCAAUUUGACUUCCUGUAGGUGUAAGGGCCAGGUUUCCUAAUAUUUUUGUCCAUAUAGUGUUGAGCGAAUUCAAUCACUAACCAGGUCACGUCUCUGCUUCCAUUGCUCCGUUAAACCAAAAUUAAGUCGAUCUAUAUAAACAGUCUCCAAAAAGACAAGCGCAAACAUUCAGUAAUUCAAUGUUUUGCACAUAACGGUAUGGAUUAUAAUCAAAUCACUUUAGUGACUUUACAGUGUUCCUUAGUUUAUGACAUUGUCGGGGUUGUGAUUGUGUCAUCAUUCCAGUGUCUCUCAUGUUAAUAUUAAAAUGUGUAUUUUAGUCUCCAAAUGCCCUUCUCAUUGUUCUGUGCCUCCAUAAAGCAGCUGCUCUUGCUUAAGCGCGCUGUAUUGUGGCAAAUUGAUUUGUGCAACAGUUGCUGAGACAUUAUAGGAUAUUGCAAAUAUACAGUACUGCAUAUCUGUUGUGCAUUACAGAAGCUAUUGACAUCUUUUGUGUGAGUCUCGAUGCCUUUCAAGGACAAAUGUUCAAGUCUUUUUCUUUUGCAGUAUUUAAAGCUAACGUGAUAUCUCCCACAAAGUGUUGUGAUAUAUUUAGUUUUUUUUAGAUAAAAAAAAAAACAAAAACAAAUACUUGAAUAAAGUUAUAUUGCUGCUUUUUA